GGCGGUCAGAGCGCGGCCGGCCGAGCCGGGGCACCGCGGCGGAGGCGCAGCAUCCCGCGACACAGACGGUCCGGCCCGCCUAGCAUGGCGCCGAGGUGGCCCUGGCUGCGACCGCGGCGGCGGCGCCUCCUGGACUUGCUCGCCCCCGUGGUCCUGCUGCUUGGGGUCAGCGCGGCGUCCGCAGAGCCAGAGAGCCAGGUCAUGGAGGUGGGGCUCCAGCCGCUGCUCGGGGAGCCCCUGCCGCGGCAGGUGGCCCUGGUGCACGACCCCGACAUGGGGCCCGCCUACGAGUUCGGCGCAGACGUGGGUGGUGACGGCUGGGCGGCCCGGAGCCUCCUGCCCAGCACGUUCUUCCAGCACUUCUCCCUGCUGGUGCACGUGCGGCCGGCCUCAGCGCGCGCGGGCGUGCUCUUCGCGGUCACGGACGCGGCGCAGGCGGUGGUCCUGGUGGGCCUGAAGCUGGCGGCGGCGCGCGGGGCGUGGCAGCAGGUGCAGCUGCUCUACACCGAGCCCGGUGCCGCCCGCACUCACACGGCCGCCAGCUUCACGCUGCCCACGCUGGACGGUCGCUGGACGCGCCUGGCCAUCGCCGUGGACGGCGCACAUGCCGCGCUCUUCGUGGACUGCAAGGAGGUCCAGCGCCAGCCCCUGGCGCGCUCCCCACGCGGCCUGCAGCUGGAGCCCGACGCCCGCCUCUUCGUGGCCCAGGCCGGCCGAGCAGACCCUGACAAGUUCCAGGGCCUGAUCUCGGACCUGAGGCUGCGUGAGGACCCCCAGGUGAGCCCCCUGCACUGCCUGGAUGAGGAUGAGAAGGACGAUGACGAUAGGGCGUCAGGAGACUUGGGCAGCGGGCUUGCGGAGACCUGGGAGCGUAUCGGGGAGGAGUUGGGCGCACCCCUGGGACCCGGGCUGCCCGAGGCCCCUCCAGUCACUUCUCCACCCUUGGCUGGAGUGGGCAGCCAGGAAGAUUUCAGAACUGAGGAAAUUGAGGAGGAGGCCACGGUGUCUUCGUUAGGAGCUCAGACCCUCCCCAGCUUGAGCACAGUCGCCACGUGGGACGGGGGCGAGUGGAGCCCUGGGGGCGGCCUGAAAGAGCAAGGCCUGAAGGGGCAGAAAGGAGAACCAGGCGCUCAGGGUCCCCCCGGCCCGGUCGGUCCCCAGGGUCCCGCAGGCCCGGCUGUGCAGAGCCCCGACGCACAGCCCGUUCCCGGGCCGCAGGGACCCCCGGGGCCCCCGGGUAAGGAUGGCGCCCCCGGAAGGGAUGGCGAGCCCGGUGAUCCUGGCGAAGAUGGGAAACCUGGGGACACCGGGCCGCAGGGCUUCCCAGGAACCCCGGGAGACAUGGGCCCCAAGGGCGAGAAGGGGGAUCCUGGGGUCGGGCCGAGGGGACCCCCAGGACCCCAAGGGCCUCCGGGGCCACCCGGACCCUCUUUCAGACCUGACAGGCUGACCUUCAUCGACAUGGAGGGGUCCGGGUUUGGUGGUGACCUGGAGAGCCUCCGCGGCCCUCGAGGCUUCCCCGGCCCACCUGGGCCCCCUGGCGUCCCAGGCCUGCCCGGAGAGCCAGGCCGCUUCGGGAUGAACAGCUCGGACGUCCCCGGACCCGCAGGCCUUCCCGGAGUGCCUGGGCGGGAUGGGCCCCCCGGGCUUCCUGGGACCCCAGGACCCCCAGGUCCUCCAGGAAAAGAUGGGCAACCAGGACAGACCGGCCAGAAAGGCAGCCUUGGCGAGGCGGGCGCCCCAGGACCCAAGGGAAGCAAGGGAGACCCCGGCCCCAUCGGCACGCCUGGGGAGCACGGCCUGGCAGGACGCCCCGGACCAGCAGGACCACCAGGGCCCCCGGGCCCCCCCGGGCCUCCAGGCCCAGGACUCGCUGCAGGGUUUGACGACAUGGAAGGCUCCGGGGGCCCCUUCUGGUCGACAGCCCGAGGUGCCAAUGGGCCGCAGGGACCACCUGGCCCGCCUGGAGUCCAGGGGGAUCCUGGAGUCGCGGGGCCACCAGGGACCAAGGGAGAGGCCGGAGCAGACGGAGCUCCUGGGUUCCCCGGCCUUCCUGGCAGGGAGGGUGCAGCCGGGCUCCAGGGACCAAAAGGAGAAAAAGGGCCCCAGGGAGAGAAAGGCGACCCAGGGAAGGACGGAGUGGGGCAGCCAGGCCUCCCGGGACCCCCCGGACCCCCAGGGCCUGUCGUCUACGUGUCGGAGCAGGACAGAGCGCUGGCGAGCGUGCCGGGCCCCGAGGGCCGGGUGGGGCUCGCAGGCCUCCCCGGACCAGCCGGGCCAAAGGGAGACCUGGGCUCCAGAGGCCAGCAGGGCCUCCCGGGACCCAAGGGCGAGAAGGGUGAGCCGGGCAUGGUCUUCAGCCCUGACGGCAGAGCGCUGACCUCCGCCCAGAAAGGAGCCAAGGGUGAGCCUGGCUUCCGAGGACCCCCGGGUCCCUACGGGCGGCCCGGGCACAAGGGAGAGAUUGGCUUCCCUGGACGGCCGGGGCGCCCCGGGAUGAAUGGACUGAAAGGGGAGAAGGGGGAGCCGGGAGACGCCAGCGUGGGAUUCAGCGCGAGGGGUCCGCCCGGCCCACCUGGGCCCCCAGGGCCCCCAGGCCCUCCCGGGACUCCUGUCUAUGACAGCAACGCGUUUGUGGAGUCUGGCCGCCCUGGACCCCCGGGACUGCCAGGGCACCAGGGGCCUUCUGGACCGAAGGGUGACAAAGGAGAAGUGGGCCCACCCGGGCCACCAGGGCAGUUCCCGUUGGACCUCCUUCACUUGGGCGCUGAGAUGAAGGGGGAGAAGGGUGACCAAGGGGCCGCCGGGCAGAAAGGAGAAAGGGGCGAGCCCGGGGGCGGCGGGUUCUUCGGCUCCAGCGUGCCUGGCCCCCCCGGCCCGCCAGGCUACCCGGGGAUUCCGGGGCCCAAGGGAGAGAGCAUCCAGGGCCAGCCUGGCCCUCCUGGACCUCAGGGACCCCCUGGCAUCGGCUACGAGGGACGCCAGGGGCCUCCCGGGCCCCCUGGACCUCCAGGGCCCCCGGGACCCCCAUCCUUUCCUGGCCCUUACAGGCAGACUAUCAGUGUUCCUGGCCCCCCAGGCCCACCUGGGCCCCCAGGACCGCCCGGAUCCAUGGGCACCUCCUCAGGGCAGGUGAGGGUCUGGGCCACGUACCAGACGCUGCUGGACCAGGUGCACGACGUGCCGGAGGGCUGGCUCAUCUACGUGGCCGACAGAGAGGAGCUGUACGUCCGGGUCCGAAACGGGUUCCGGAAGGUUCUGCUGGAGGCCCGCACGCCCCUUCCCCGCGGGACGGACAACGAGGUGGCCGCUUUGCAGCCCCCCGUGGUGCAGCUGCACGAGGGCAACCCGUACCCCCGCCGGGAGCCCCCGCACCCCACAGCGCGGUCCUGGCGGGCCGACGACAUCCUGGCCAGCGCCCCGCGCUUGACACACGCCCAGCCCUACCCUGGGGCCCCGCACCCCGGCGCCUAUGCGCACCACCGGCCGGCAACCCCCACGGCCUCACCCGCCCACACUCACCACGACUUCCAGCCGGUGCUGCACCUGGUCGCGCUCAACAGCCCGCAGUCGGGAGGCCUGCGCGGCAUCCGCGGCGCCGACUUCCAGUGCUUCCAGCAGGCGCGCGCCGCGGGGCUGGCGGGCACCUUCCGCGCCUUCCUGUCCUCGCGGCUGCAGGACCUCUACAGCAUCGUGCGUCGCGCAGACCGCGCCACCCUGCCCAUCGUCAACCUCAGAGAUGAGGUUCUGUCUCCCAGCUGGGAGGCCUUGUUCUCGGGCUCCGAGGGCCAGCUGAAGCCCGGUGCCCGCAUCUUCUCUUUCGACGGCAGGGACGUCCUACAGCACCCCGCCUGGCCCCAGAAGAGCUUGUGGCACGGCUCAGACCCCAGCGGGCGCCGCCUGACGGAGAGCUACUGCGAGACGUGGCGGACUGAGGCCAGGGCGGCCACGGGCCAGGCCUCCUCGCUGCUGGCGGGCCGGCUGCUGGAGCAGAGAGCAGCGAGCUGCCACAGCGCCUUCAUCGUCCUCUGCAUCGAGAACAGCUUCACGGCCUCCUCCUCCAAGUAGGGCCUCUGCUGGCGCCACGGACGGCUGGACGCACAGACAGAGGGCCGGAGAAGAGCCAGGCGGCAGGCAGGGGAGCGGACACGCCCUGGCCCGCGCGGGGAGCCUCUGCUGGCGCCCAGGGCGGGGACCUGGCUGGGACACUUUCCUGUAUGGUUCACGUUUCAUGUAAUCCUCCAGAAAUAAAAAGAAGCCAAAGAGUGUAUUUUUUAAAAAGUUUACGACAGCCUGGUGCCCAGACUCCCC